GAGAGGAUACAGCCGGGAUGCAACGCAGUGCCGCGUGAAAAUCAAGGAGCUGAGACAAGGCUACCAGAAGACCAAAGAGGCAAACGGACGCUCCGGAUCCCAUCCCCAGACAUCCCGUUUCUACGAGGCACUGCAUUCCAUCCUCGGUGCGGCCGCCACCACUACCCCACCACUGACCGUGGACUCUGAGGAUGGGAUAUUGUCCACGGCCGGUUCCUCGGACAUGUUAGCGGACGGGGAAGAUGAGGAAGGAGAUGAGGAGGGCGAGGCAGUCGGCAGCGCUCACAACGCUGAUUUCCCCGACAGCCAGGAUCUCUUCAUCACCCUUACAGAGAUCCCCUACGAAGCGUCCCCAGCCGUUACCCCGGACACAGAAUCUGGGGAAGGAUCAGCCACCACAUCUGCGACUGUCUCACAACGUAGCCUGGCAUCACACUCCCAGAGGCUAGCGAAGAUUAGGCAUAGGAAGAAGAGGACACGGGAGGACAUGUUCUCUGAACUUAUGGCCUGUUCCCAAGCCCAGGCAGCACAGCAGACCCAGUGGCGGGAGAAAUUGACCCAAAUGCAGCAAGCAAACAUGGAUCGGGAGGAGAGGUGGCGGCAGGAAGACCAGCAGGCGACUCAAACGCUGCUUGGACUACUGAGGGAGCAAACAGACACGCUCCGGCGCCUUGUGGAUGUUCUGCAGGAACGGAGGCAGGAGGACAGAGCCCCGCUGCAGUCCAUCUCUAACCGCCCUCCCCCGCCACCAAGUCCCAUACCCAUCUCACCCAAAGUGCAAAGAAGGAGAGGCGGCAGAGUCCCUGCUAACUCUCACUCCACCCCUGCAGAGAGCUCUAGUAGCAGAAGGCUCUCAUUCCCCAAAACUUGAAAAGUUCUUUCCUUCCCGCCUGACACAAGCCCCCGUCCAAGUUUCACCUCCCACUUCCAUGUGUAGUUGAUAAUAAAAAAUACGUUUCUGUUAA